AACGCGGUGAGCUGUCAUGGCUGCCUCCACAGAAAACAUGUCAGAGCGGCAUGAAACACGGAGUAGAUUUAUUUCACAAUAUAUUACUGUAUAUGUUUCAUUUCAGACGUCGAGGUAGUUUGCAGAGUUACGGAAAUGCGUGAAUGUGUGAAUUAUAUUGUGUGAUAGCAAGAAUUUGGAACGGUUUGACAAAUAUAUUUGAGAGGAUUUUUCGAACAUUAAGGGUGACUGUCAAAAUGGCUUUAGUCAACAUUCGCUCCUGUGGUCGUCAUGGUUUUCAUUUGGGUAUUCGUGCUUAUGCCACCCGACCAGUUGGCACCCCAAAGAAGCGGGACCAGCAAGAUGACACACCCGUGUUCCAGUAUGUAGGACAACACAGGAAGCCCCAAGGGAAGGUGUUUGUGUGGGGCUUCAGCUACACUGGAGCCUUAGGAAUCCCAAGCUUUGUAGUGCCAGACAGUGGCAGAAAAAAGCCCAGGAAGUACCAGCUGACACCUUACCGCCUGGAUACUGAACAGAAGAUUUCCUCAGCAGCCUGUGGAUAUGGUUUCACCGUACUGGCGUGUAAUAGUAAAGAUCUGACCAAACUGUGGGGCAUGGGCCUUAACAAAGACUCCCAGCUGGGCUUUCAACGUACUCAACACGACCGACAUAAGAGUUACGACUAUGUCUUGGAACCGUCUCCAGUGUCUCUUCCGCUGGUGAACCCUCAGGAGACACGAGUGCUGCAGGUCUCCUGUGGACGUGCGCACUCACUGGUGCUCACAGACUCUGAGGGAGUUUUCAGCAUGGGUAAUAAUGCUUACGGGCAGUGUGGGAGGAAGAUUGUGGAGGAUGAAGUGUACAGCGGCAGUCAUGUUGUUCACAAAAUCGAGGGCUUUGACAGUCAAGUCACCCAGGUGGCUUGUGGGCAGGAUCACAGUCUGUUUCUAACAGACAGUGGCUCAGUGUAUGCCUGUGGGUGGGGGGCAGAUGGACAAACAGGUCUGGGCCAUCACAACAAGGCCUCCUGUCCAGUGCCCGUCGGAGGAGAUCUGGCUGGGGUCAAAGUUCAGCAGGUGGCCACGUAUGGAGACUGUAGUUUGGCCGUGUCCACGGAUGGCCAGGUUUUUGGUUGGGGAAACUCAGAGUACCUGCAGUUAGCCUCUGUCACUGAGGCCACACAGAUUAGUUCUCCACGGCUGCUGCCCCUGAGGGGUGUGGGUCGAGUCAGACAGGCAGCAUGCGGAGGAACACAGGUGGCUGUACUGAACGAGGAAGGAGAAGUGUUUGUUUGGGGUUUUGGAAUCCUGGGAAAAGGGCCGAAACUUUCUGAGUCUGCAAUCCCAGAAAGAGUGCCAGCCACGUUUUUUGGGAGGUCAGAGUUCAACCCUUCAGUGAAGGUUUUGUCCAUCCGCUGUGGACUUAAUCACUUUGCAGCCAUCACAGAUCGAGGUGAGCUGUUUGUUUGGGGUAAGAAUGUGAGAGGAUGUCUCGGCAUUGGGAAACAUGAUGACCAGUAUUUUCCAUGGAGGGUGACAGUGCCAGGCCACGUGACGGAUGUUGCCUGUGGAGUUGACCACAUGGUGGCGUUGGUCAAAUCAAUCAUAUGAAAGUUUCAUGGCAAAUCUGUGCUCUUAUUUAUUUCCAAGCGAACACCAUCAGCAUGCCACAUUUCAUUACUUCUCCAGAACCGUUGGACUUGUUGAAUGCCCUCACUAAGGAGUCUACUUGUCACACUGGAUCAAGCAAGCCAAGACUGUACUUAAGGUAACAUGGAAAUGUGACACCUCCUCUGCUGUUUACAGCCCUGACCUCAAAAAUAGACAUGAGUGUGACUCCUAAAUAACUUAAGACCUCUUGAGUUCUUAUGUUGGCCAACUGGACAUUUUGGAGGUGUGCUCUAAAUGUAUUGGUACCUUGCCUGAGGUGAACACUGGAUGUCCAAAGCCACAUUAUCUGGGCUGUUUCUGGAUCUGCUUUUCUUGUUAAAAGCAAACUGAAUUGUCAAUAGAAAAAAAAAAAUUGGAUCUGAAAACUACAAGUAUAGCUACAUGAAAAGUGUAUUUAAAUUAAAAUGCAUCUGGCUUUACUGUGCUGUAGCAGAGGUUUUUGACAUUUACAGGUAUGUAUAGGUAUAGGUAUUGAAUUAAAGGGAUAGUUCACCCAAAAAUGAAAAUUCUGUCAUUAGUUACUCACCUUCAUGUCAUUACAAACCCGCAAGUCAUCUUUGGAACACAAAUUGAGAUAUUUUUGAUGAAAUCCGAGAGCUUUCUGAUCUUGCAGCAACGCAACUGACACAUUUAAGGCCUAAAAAGGUAGUAAGGACAUCAUUACAAUAGUCCAUGUGACAUCAGUACAUGUUAUGAAGGUACAAGUGUACUUUUAGUGCACAAACAAAAAAAAUAAUUUCAUUGAACAAUUUUUUUUUUUCUUCUGUGUCAGUUUUAGUACUUAAUUUGUGUUCCAAAGAUGAACAAAGGUCUUACAGAUUUGUAAUGACAUGAGAAUGAGUAAUUAAUGACAGAAUUUUCAUUUUUGGGUGAACUAUCCCACUAAAAACAACAAUAAAUGUAUUUAUUAUAAAAAUUGAUAAACCUGAAAUUUGCUGAA